AUGAACGAGAUUAACCACAAAACCGUGUUCGUGCUGGACCACACGCCGUACUUUGGCAUCUCGUGCGAAAGUCCCAUCGAUUGUGAUUUUAUCAAGAGCAAGCUGCCGAUCCCGCCGAUCAGCAAGAGUCUGUGGACGUGCGCGGUCGAAGCGUCGGUCGAGUACUGUCGCAUCGCGUACGACCUGUUCCCGGCCGGCAAGCUGAUUCGGUUCGUGGUCAGCGACUCGGCAGCGCACAUCGUAAACACGUGGAUGGCCGGCACACAGAACCUGGCGCACAUCAUGAACGCCAUGUCGAUGGUGGGGGUUCCGCCACAGCAAACCCAAACGAACGAGUACUCCGUUAUCCACGGGCUGCGGGCGGCCAUCGAAGCGCUGGCCGAACCGACCGAACCGCAGCGCGAACAGUUGGCCGCGCACGCCAAAAACGAGGGCUCGAAGCUCGUCAACCGGGGGCGCGUCAUUUGUAUCACCUCGGCCCGGGACGAUGGCAGCAUGAACAAUUUGGCCGACAUCUUCCAGACGGUGCUCGAGAAUCAGAACGCGAUUGCGGCCGGCCACAAGGAGUACAUCCGGAUCGAUCAGUGCCACCUGGUGAUCAUCAACCUGUACCCGGCCAACAUGGAAUCGAUGGUCACGAACCGGGCGCCGAUCGACAUCUCGCCGAUCCUUCGCUCCGAGAUCCACUCGAACAAGGCGAACAAGAUUUCGAACAAACUGACGCGCCUGAUUCUGCUGCACUUCGAUCUGGCCAGCACCACGGUCACCGGGAUCCCGAUGAAGGAGGAACAGAACGCUAGCUCGAGCGCCAACUACGACGUGGAGAUCUUUCACGGCCGCACGGCCCACUCGGUGUUUCUCGGCACGGAACUGGUGCUUCCGCACAGUCUCAAGGUGGGGCUGGACUACGAGACGGUGACGCUCAAGUGGUGCACACCGCGCAGUUGCGGCUCGUCCGAGAUGCAGCCGUGCCUGGCCCAGUGCCGUGUGACGCCCGUCGAUGUAACGUCCCGGCCGAGCUCGUGUCUCAUUAACUUUCUGCUCGGCGGUCGCUCCGUGCUGCUCGAGAUGCCGAAAAAGUCCGGCGGCAAAAUUACGAGCCAUCUGCUGUCGGCACACGGGGGUGAAAUUUUCAUCCAUUCGCUCAACACUGCUCGCAGUUGCCUCGAGGACCCGCCGUCGAUAUCGGAGGGUGGCGGUGGGCGCGUAACCGACUACCGCAUACCGGACUUUGGCCAGCUGAUGCAGCAACACCGGCUGGUGCCCUUGAAGCCGCUGCCCGAAAGGCAACUGGAUGAGGGACUGCAAAAGAUGCGCACCAAACUCGGGCGCAACUCGCGCUACUGGCCCCUGACGCUCGGGCGGACCGUGCUCUACAACGUGCGCCAGUUCGUCGAACCGGUGCUGGUGCUGACACAGAAGCCGGACCUCACGGAAGAGGAGAAGAUGCUGUGCCUGAAGUCGAUCUACAAUCUGUCCCAGCUCGAGGAGCGCCAGGAAUCGCUGGCCAUUCCCAAUAUGGGCCACCGGUUGAAGGGGAGUAAAAAGGAGGAACAGUACCGGUUGCUGUGGUGCGAACUGGAAACCAUCGUCAACUGCAACGGAUCGUCGCCGGCGCACAAAGCGAUCGUGAGUUGCAUUCGCGAGUGCCGCCGGCUGUACCCGUCGGCGGAUGAUGGCCACGGUACGGCCGGCGGUGGUACGGGCACCGGCAGUGCACUGGACGGUGGUACGACGACGGUCGAUGCGCACCGUGCCAGCGUGAUCCGGGCGACGACCGAUUCCCCCAUGUCUCCACCGCACUCAAUGGGGACGGGUGACUCUUCUGCCGCAGCGGCAACCCUGCUGGGCGGCCGGGAAGCGUCCGGGAACAAAAAGCUGUUCAACACCGGCGCCGCCCGAUCGCUGCUCGAUGUGCUGGCCACGACCGAGCGCACCCUCAGCCAGAAGCGCAUCGAUUUCAGCGGUCGCCUCUGUACACCCCCCGGCCAGGUGGCCAAGCUGUAUCCACACGUGGGGCCGAAGGAUCCCGACGCCGGCCAGGGACGACCGGCGGAUGUAAAGUAA